UUAGGCCAAACCUUGGUUUGGUAAAAAGUCGUUUACUCAUUAGAAAAUCCAAGAAACCUUAGUAAAAUAGCUGUUUAGCCGUUUAGGCAAUUUUCCCGGUUGAUCUCCGGUCCAGCGAACUGAUUUUUUUUUUUUCUGUUCAAGUGCAGCUUUGAGUAGGAUUUCAUUUUGAAUUUCGACUGUUGUGUUAUCUACAUUUGAUAGGCCAAUUGAAUAUGGAUCAGAUGAGGCAAGUUUUCUCGGUAGAUGUUCUUGAAAGAUACGCGGCCAAGGGGCGAGGUGUCAUUACAUGUAUGUCAGCUGGUAAUGAUGUGAUCGUAUUAGGAACCAGUAAAGGAUGGCUUAUUAGACACGAUUUCGGCGCCGGUGAAUCUUAUGAUAUUGAUCUUUCUGUGGGCCGACCUGGGGAGCAAUCUAUCCACAGAGUUUUUGUUGAUCCUGGAGGUAGUCACUGUAUUGCCACCAUCCUUGGUAGUGGUGGCGCUGAAACUUUCUACACUCAUGCAAAGUGGAGCAAGCCUCGUAUUUUAAGCAAAUUGAAAGGUCUUACUCUAAAUGCUGUUGCCUGGAACAGACAACAGAUAACUGAAGCUUCUACGAAGGAAACCAUUCUUGGUACAGACAAUGGCCAAUUUCAUGAGCUGGCUGUGGAUGAGAAGGACAAGAGGGAAAAGUAUAUAAAAUUUUUAUUUGAGUUAACUGAGCUUCCAGAAGCUAUUAUGGGCUUGCAGAUGGAAACAGCUAGCUUAAGCAAUGGUACUAGAUAUUAUGUGAUGGCUGUUACUCCAACACGACUUUAUUCUUUCACUGGAUUUGGAUCACUUGAUACUGUAUUUGCUAGCUACUUAGAACGUGCUGUGCAUUUCAUGGAACUUCCUGGUGAAAUACCAAACAGUGAGUUGCAUUUUUUUAUCAAGCAAAGAAGAGCUGUGCACUUUGCAUGGCUUUCUGGAGCAGGUAUCUAUCAUGGUGGCUUAAACUUUGGAGCACAGCAUAGUUCUCCAAAUGGUGAUGAAAAUUUUGUGGAGAACAAGGCUCUUUUGAACUACUCAAAAUUGUCUGAAGGUACUGAAGCAGUUAAACCCAGUUCUAUGGCAGUGUCUGAAUUUCAUUUCCUGCUGCUUCUUGGGAAUAAGGUUAAGGUUGUAAAUAGAAUCAGUGAACAAAUCAUAGAGGAACUUCAGUUUGACCAAACAUCGGAGUCAAUGCCAAAGGGUAUCAUUGGAUUAUGUAGUGAUGCAACUGCGGGAAUUUUUUAUGCAUAUGACCAAAACUCUAUCUUUCAGGUUUCUGUCAAUGAUGAAGGCCGAGAUAUGUGGAAGGUUUAUUUGGAUAUGAAAGAGUAUGCUGCAGCUUUAGCAAAUUGUCGUGACCCACUCCAAAGAGACCAAGUAUACUUGGUUCAGGCUGAAGCUGCAUUCGCUGCCAAGGAUUUUCUUAGAGCGGCAUCUUUCUAUGCAAAAAUCAACUAUAUCCUAUCCUUUGAGGAGAUCACUCUGAAGUUUAUUAGCGUAAGCGAACAGGAUGCUUUGAGAACUUUCUUAUUACGGAAGCUUGAUAAUCUUGCAAAGGAUGACAAAUGCCAAAUAACAAUGAUUUCCACAUGGGCAACUGAAUUGUACUUGGACAAGAUAAAUCGGCUACUCUUAGAAGAUGACACUGCUUUGGACAAUCGUAGUUCAGAAUACCAAUCAAUUAUUAAAGAGUUUCGUGCCUUCCUUAGUGACUGCAAGGAUGUAUUGGAUGAGGCAACUACAAUGAAACUUCUAGAAAGCUAUGGUAGAGUUGAAGAACUGGUAUACUUUGCUAGUUUGAAAGAGCAAUAUGAAAUUGUAGUUCAUCAUUAUAUCCAGCAAGGAGAAGCAAAGAAUGCUUUGGAAGUGCUUAGAAAACCUGCUGUUCCUAUAGACCUUCAGUACAAGUUUGCUCCAGAUCUUAUCAUGCUUGAUGCAUAUGAAACUGUGGAGUCAUGGAUGACCACUAACAACCUAAACCCAAGGAAACUGAUUCCUGCUAUGAUGCGCUAUUCAAGUGAACCUCAUGCAAAGAAUGAAACCAAUGAAGUCAUCAAAUAUCUAGAGUUCUGCGUCCAUCGCUUGCAUAAUGAGGAUCCUGGGGUUCACAACUUGCUGCUUUCUUUGUACGCCAAGCAGGAAGAUGACAGUACCCUUUUGCGUUUCCUACAAUGCAAAUUUGGAAAAGGACGAGAAAAUGGACCUGAGUUCUUCUAUGAUCCCAAAUAUGCCCUGCGCCUUUGCCUGAAGGAAAAGCGAAUGCGUGCCUGUGUUCAUAUAUACAGCAUGAUGUCUAUGCAUGAAGAAGCAGUUGCACUUGCUCUACAGGUUGACCCUGAGCUCGCUAUGGCUGAAGCUGACAAGGUUGAAGAUGAUGAAGAAUUAAGGAAGAAGCUUUGGCUUAUGGUUGCAAAGCAUGUGGUUGAACAGGAAAAGGGAGCUAAAAGGGAGAAUAUACGGAAGGCAAUAGCAUUUCUCAAGGAAACUGAUGGUCUAUUAAAGAUUGAGGAUAUAUUACCAUUCUUUCCAGACUUUGCCUUGAUUGAUGACUUCAAAGAAGCAAUUUGCUCAUCACUAGAGGACUACAACAAGCAAAUUGAACAGCUCAAACAGGAGAUGAAUGAUGCAACACAUGGAGCUGACAACAUCAGAAAUGAUAUCAGUGCUCUUGCUCAAAGAUAUGCUGUCAUUGAUCGUGACGAGGAUUGUGGGAUUUGUAGGCGUAAAAUCUUGACCGUGGGUGGAGAUUACCGAAUGGCUCGAGGUUACACAUCGGUAGGACCAAUGGCCCCUUUCUAUGUCUUUCCAUGUGGACAUGCCUUCCAUGCACACUGCCUGAUUGCGCAUGUAACUCAUUCCACCAAUGAAACUCAAGCGGAGUAUAUACUGGAUUUGCAGAAGCAGUUAACUCUACUGGGUUGCGAAUCCAGGAAGGAUUCGAAUGGUGUCUUGACUGACGAUUCCAUUACUAGCAUGCCCCCAACAGACAAGCUCCGAUCACAGUUAGAUGAUGCAGUAGCCAGUGAAUGCCCCUUUUGUGGUGACUUGAUGAUCCGUGAAAUAUCUUUGCCUUUUAUUGCUCCUGAGGAAGCACAUCAGGUUUCUUCAUGGGAGAUUAAACCACUGAACCUUGCAAACCAGAGGAGCUUUUCUUUACCUGCAUGAUCAGAUUCCUUCUGUGCCUUCCUGAGUUUUGCAGAAUUGUUUGUGUUUCGGGCGAGCUGUUUUUGAUAACGCCCCUUAUUAAUUAUUUUUUUUUUUUUUCUUCUUUUAACUGUUUUACAUCUCAUCUGUAAUAUUAACUAAUGUAAUAUAUUUGCUAAGAGGGUGGCUAUUCUUUUUUCUUGGUUUUCUUCUUGUAUUCUAUGUUCCAACUGGUCACUGAAAUACUGUUGUAAUUUUCCGGUGUUUGAUUUUAUGUAACUUUGAUUUGUCCAAUACAUAAAUAUGGAAUGCCCUUGGGUUUAGUGUACCCCGCUA